AUGCCUGGCCCUGACGAUUGGAUUCCUAGUAUUGUCCAAGGUUAUCGGACUCCUAUGCCUCCUCCUCCUACACCAAAUCCCGUUGAAGGGGUUCUUGCCGCAGUAUUGGGAGUUGUUCUCGCGCUUCUUCAUUUGAUUACUUAUUAA